CAGGCGUGGUAGUUUUUUUUGGCUCCCGCUCGGUGGAGAAUUAAUUCUGGGUUCGGAGGCCCAGGGCUGUGGAUUGAGCUACUUUUUAUAUAAUGGGAAGACUUCUGGCUGCCUUUUGAAUCCGUUUAGCUCCGGACGUUAACGACGAGAGGAGUCGGCCGGAUGGCGAUGCUGGCGGAGCCCCGUAGGAAGCAGAAGUGGUCUGUGGAUCCGAGAAAUAACAACUGGAAAAAUGAUGAAUCCAGAUUUGGGCUAAAGAUGUUGGAGAAAAUGGGAUGGUCUAAAGGAAAGGGACUUGGAGCUCAUGAACAAGGGGAAACUGAAAACAUUAAAGUCCAAAUCAAGAACAACAAAGUGGGUUUAGGAGCAACCCAGAAUCAUGAAGAUAACUGGAUUGCACAUCAAGAUGAAUUUAAUGAGCUCUUAUCUAAACUAAAUGAUUGCCAUGGACAGAAUGGAUCAUCAGUGGCUGAGAAUAAAACAGUAUUCAGCCUUGAAGCAAAAUCUAAAUCUUCCAAGAAACGAGUCCACUACCAGAAAUAUACCAAAGGAAAGGAUCUCUCUUCUCGAAGUGCCAUUGAUCUUGCCUGCGUAUUUGGAAAACGGUUCAAGCAAAUUAAAGAAUUGGGAGAUGAUGAAAAGAGAACAGAGGACAAUGCCAAUAUAUCAGCCCCAAAAACUGAUGAUGACUCAGAGCUCAAAGUUGAAACCAAUACUGUGACCAGCUCCCUUACAAUGCAGGAGUAUUUUGCUAGUAGGAUGGCACAGCGUAAAAACUGUAAAAUUGUACAAGAGAUCAAACAAGCCACUGAUGCCCAGGAACUUGUAGGACAUGAAAUUCUGUCCAAUGAAGAAGUGAUAAUUAAAUCCAAAAAGAAAAAACGGAAGAAAAGCAUUGAGAAGAUUUGUAACUUUGAUGAUCCAUCCAUAUCCAAAAAACGAACAAGAGAUGGAGACCAAGAGAUAAAUAAUGGAUUGGUAGAAGACAGUCAAGUUAAAGAAAAGCCUCGGUCCAAAAAGUCCAAAAAAAGUAAAAUAAAAAAAUGAAACACCCAGUCUUUUAAGCAGACGAUUUGCCUGUAGAAGAAGCUGAAUUGUUAGAAGUUCAGUUUGUUUAACACACAAUGUGUUAUAAAGCAGAAUCUGCUGAAAUACAUUUUAUAAUAAAAAGCAUCUAAAAAUUUUGUUUUAUUAAUUGCAAAACAACAUAAUAAAAUGCUGAGAGACUA